AUGAAUUCAAAACAAUCAAUUAUUUGCUUAUCAUCUUCCUCUUAUCUUCACUUUCUCUUUUAUGUUUUUGUUAUAUUUCUAACUUUCACCACCAUCUCAGCUUCCUAUACUGACGGAAAUGAGACCGAUCAUCAGGCUUUGCUCAAGAUCAAGUCGAUGAUCGCUCAAGAUCCAUAUGGAGUUCUAAACUCAUGGAAUGAUUCCUUUCAUUUCUGUGACUGGACUGGUGUUACAUGUGGGAAGCGACACCGAAGAGUGACUUAUUUAGAAUUGACCUCACAAGAUGGAAAUCAAAUACACGGAAACCUCCCUGGAUCAAUAGUUAAUCUAGCUGGUUUGGAGUUGAUAUCACUAGAAGAUAACCGAUUUACAGGAAACAUCCACUUCACCAUUGGAAACCUUCAAAGGCUACAAGUUAUUUAUUUAUACAAUAACCAACUUUCAGGGCCGAUUCCUAAUUCUACGGGAAACUUAUCAUUGUUGAGUACACUUGAUUUAUCUUUAAACAUGUUGGAAGGGGUAAUUCCAUCAAGCUUGGGAAAUUGCCAUAAACUUUUAGAGUUGUACCUUAGUGGCAAUAAACUUCACGGGAAAAUACCUACACGACUUCUUCAACUUUCAUCUCUAUCAAAAACAAUGGAUCUUUCUCAAAACAACCUAUAUGGUUCACUUCCAAAUGAGGUUGGAGAUCUAAAGAUGUUGAGUAAUCUGGAUAUUUCUAAUAAUAAUUUAUCAGGUAACAUUCCUAGUAGCCUUGAUGGUUGUUCUAGCCUUUCAAGGUUGUCUCUCAAAGGCAACUUAUUUCAAGUACCAAUGGUAGGAAUGUUUGCCAAUGCAAGUGCAUUCUCUGUUUUGGGGAAUACUAGGCUUUGUGGUGGCCUUGCUAUACUUGGGUUACCUAAAUGCAAGGAGACAAAGAAACAUACAAAAAGAUUCCUUUAUUCUUAA